CUCAAACAUUAAUUCAAUAGAAAAUAACCUUGUUGCUUAAUUCUUGAAAAUAUGGUGCCUCAUGGGUUCAGAUUCAAUCCCACCGACCAAGAGCUCAUCCAAAUCCUAGACCAAAAAGCUUCUGCGCAAGAAAUGCCUCUCCAUUUCAUCGUCCACGCCAAUCUCUACGAGCAUGAACCUCAAGAUCUUGAAUGGAACCACAGUGCCACGUUAGGAAACGAGGAGAGAUACUACUACUGCAAGAGGGAAAAUGAUUCCAGGGAAGUUGCUGGUCGAGGAUGGUGGAAAGCUACGAGCCAUGUCAAGAAAGUUAAUGUUAAUGAAAAUCUUGUAGGGCACAAAAGGCCUUUAACAUUUCACAGGUACAGAGACCAAGAAAGAAACCGCAGUAAUGCCAUAAAGACCAACUGGAUCAUGCAUGAGUAUAGCCUCGAAUCAAAAACAACGGAAUGGAGGCUUUGCAAGAUAAAGUACAAGGGAAAGCCAAGCAUACAAGAAGAGCUGGAGAAUAUCAGGCAACGUUACUCUUCAAGGAUCGAUUCUGAAGCUUCAGGCAGUUCAAUGAAUAUCCAACUGGGUUCUGAUAGAGAGCAAGAAAACCCAUCACCUUCAGUAAGUUCAACAAUGGCGCCAUUACAAAAUGGACAUUACUGGAACAUGCAGCAGCUUUCACCACCUCCAAAUGGAUAUGGUGACCUUUAUACUAGUUACUAUUUCAACGAGCAGUUAGAGCUCAGUGAGCAACAAUUUUCUAGCCUUUGGUCUUGGCAGAAUUAGGCUUUCAAGUUUUUUAUCAUGCAUGUAAUUUUCUGUUUCUCUCUGCUGUGCUUUACCAGCUAUGCAUUAUGUGUAAAUGUUGUUUUCUUUGGUAUGUUAUCACUUGUCAUAAUUUUUUUUUUCAAAAUAAAGA